UGGGCUUUCUUCUGGGAAAGUCGAGCCAUUGAUGGAAGCGAGAAGCCUCUUCUGGCUGUAGAGGGAAAGCACGCGGCGAAGGCGCGGGCGCUGUCCAGCGUGCUGAAGCCCUAGCGAGCGAGCAGCCGGGAGCUGUGCCGACCCUGCUGAGCCCAGCCCACUGGACGCCAGACCUCGACCGUCGCUCUUAGCCCAGCCACCGCUCGAAGCCAAGGCGGACGGGUCCCGAUCUUCCCUUGUCCCUACCCUGCCCCGACCCUCCUCUCCACCUCCCGCAUCGUGACACCGGCUGUCUCCGGCAGCCCCUUGGUCAUGAAAUCCCUCAGGUUGCCGGCUUCCGCCCUCUUCUGCUUCCUUCUACUGAUCAAGGGGUUAGGAGCAGCGCCCCCGGGGCGCCCUGAGGCGCAACCUCCUCCCCUCAGCUCUGAGCAUAAAGAGCCAGUAGCUGGGGUCGCAAUGCCCGGGCAAAAGGAUGACAGCACCCCAGAGGUCCGAGCCGCUCGAAAUUCUGAGCCGCAGGACGAGGGAGAGCUUUUCCAGGGCGUGGAUCCCCGGGCGCUGGCCGCGGUGCUGCUGCAGGCACUCGACCGCCCGGCUUCGCCCCCAGCGUCGGGUGGCUCCCAGCAGGGGCCAGCGGAAGACACAGCAGAAGCUCUGCUCACCGAGACCGUGCGCAGCCAGACCCACAGCCUACCGGCCCCAGAGACCCAGGCACCCGCGGCCCCGCCUCGCCCUCAGACGCAGGAGAACGGUCCCGAAGCGGGCGACCCCUCCGAGGAGCUCGAGGCGCUAGCGUCACUGCUCCAAGAACUUCGAGAUUUCAGUCCGAGCAGUGCCAAGCGCCAGCAAGAGACGGCGGCAGCAGAGACGGAAACCCGCACUCACACGCUGACCCGAGUCAAUCUUGAAAGCCCUGGGCCCGAGCGCGUAUGGCGCGCUUCCUGGGGAGAGUUCCAGGCGCGCGUCCCAGAGCGCGCGCCUCUGCCGCCCCCCGCUCCCUCGCAAUUCCAGGCGCGUAUGCCCGAGAGCGGGCCCCUUCCCGAAGCCCACCAGUUCGGGGAAGGAGUGUCCUCCCCAAAAACACACCUGGGCGAGGCUUUGGCACCCUUAUCCAAGGCGUACCAAGGCCUGGGCGCCCCCUUCCCCAAGGCGCGCCGGCCAGAGAGCUCACUCCUGGGCGGCUCCGAGGCGGGGGAGCGCCUACUACAGCAAGGGCUGGCGCAGGUAGAGGCCGGGAGGCGGCAGGCAGAAGCCACGCGGCAGGCCGCAGCGCAGGAAGAGCGGCUGGCCGACCUCGCCUCCGACUUGCUGCUCCAGUAUUUGCUGCAGGGCGGGGCCCGGCAGCGCGGCCUGGGGGGUCGGGGGCGACAGGAGACGCAGGAGGAGCGAGAGAACGAGAGGGAGGAGGAGGAGGCGGAGCAGGAGCGACGCGGCGGGGAGGAAAGGGUGGGGGAAGAGGAUGAGGAGGCGGCGGAGGCCGAGGCCGAGGCGGAGGAGGCGGAGAGGGCGCGGCAGAACGCGCUACUGUUCGCCGAGGAGGAGGACGGGGAAGCCGGAGCCGAGGACAAGCGCUCCCAGGAGGAGACGCCAGGCCACCGGCGGAAGGAGGCUGAGGGGGCAGAGGAGGGCGGGGAAGAGGAGGACGACGACGAGGAGAUGGACCCGCAAACGAUCGAUAGCCUCAUUGAGCUGUCCACCAAACUCCACCUGCCAGCCGACGAUGUGGUCAGCAUCAUCGAGGAGGUGGAGGAGAAGCGGAAGCGGAAGAAGAACGCCCCUCCAGAGCCUGUGCCGCCCCCGCGGGCCGCCCCCGCCCCCACCCACGUCCGCUCCCCGCAGCCCCCGCCUCCUGCCCCCGCCCCCGCUCGAGACGAGCUGCCGGACUGGAACGAAGUGCUCCCGCCCUGGGAUCGGGAGGAGGACGAGGUGUUUCCCCCUGGGCCCUACCACCCUUUUCCCAACUACAUUCGGCCGCGGACACUGCAGCCGCCUGCGGCCUCGCGCCGCCGCCACUAUCACCACGCCCUGCCGCCUUCGCGCCACUAUCCGGGCCAGGAGGCCCAGGCGCAGCGCGCGCAGGAGGCUGCGGAGGCAGAGGAGCGCCGGCUGCAGGAGCAGGAGGAGCUGGAGAAUUACAUCGAGCACGUGCUGCUCCGGCGCCCGUGACCCGCCCCGGCCCCGCCCCCGCGCGUCCCCGCCGCGCGCGCCGCCACUCCCCCCUCCGUGUCGCUCCUCCGCCCUCUCGGUGUUUGCAUGCGCCCCGGCCCCGCCCCUCGGCCGCCUCCCGGCCCCGCCCCCGCCCGCGGGCCGCUCUGCCUCCGGACUGUGCCGGGUCCUGCUGGACCUCUUCCCGGGUCUGAAGCCUGAACACCCAAAACUCACGGGCUACCCGGGACCAGCCCAGGUGGGCGGGUGGUUUGUGCGAGUUCCCUCCCCUCGGCGGGGCCCGGUCCCUAACUAGUCUCUUUAGGGACCUCCCCGUCCGAAACCGGAAAAAGCAGUUCCAAUUAAUUGUGUUAAAAUAUGUGUCUGUCUCUCGCCCUUCGGGCCUCUCUGGAGCCUCUCCGCUCUCUCCAAAUCGCUGUGAAUUUACCCCUUCUUUCCUCUCACUGUUGUAAAUACCCCCCACGGAGGAAAUAGUUUUGCUAAGAAAUAAAAGUGACUAUUUUAUUAGGACUUUGUUCUCCAUUAUUCA